AUGGAGUUUGAUAUUGACUUCCACAAACACUUUGCAUGGCUUCGAAAGGUAAGCCAUCAGUCAACAGACAACAGUGAGUCAUACCAGGAGCGUUUAUCACGUUUGGAAGGAGACAAAGAAUCUCUCAUUCUGCAGGUGGGCGUGCUGACAGACCAGGUGGAAGCGCAAGAGGUAAAAAUCAGUGACCUACAAAGUUCGGUGGUGGAGCAUCGGCUAAAACUAAACGCAACGGAAGAGAUGCUGCAGCAGGAGCUCCUACAUAGGACAACACUGGAAAAACAGAAGCUGAGUCUUAAGGGGGAGGUGUCCUACCUGAAGCUGAAGCUCACUGACAUGGAGGAGAAACAGAGCAAUGGAGGAGAGAGGCAACACAAAGCAGAGAGCGUUGUGAAUUUCAUUAGUGAGCUGCAGGAGCAGAUGUGUAGGUUUCAGAAGGAGAUCAAUAGCAAGAUCCAGGAGAAAAAAGCCUCAGAGAACCCAGCUGACGGUGGCUCACCAACGCCAUGCCCCACCCACUCCACAUCCCCCGAGGAUUCGCACGCCGACCCCUCAUGUAACUCGGCCGCAGAGGUGAAGCUCAAACUAGAGCUAGAGGCUGCACAUGGAGUUGAUAAGAGUAGCUCAGAUGUGAAGCAGCUGCGACACAAUGGAGGAGAGAGCGGUUUGGUGCGGGAGCUCAAGAUUCUCAAAGACAAAGUACAAUACUUGGAAGACGAGAAAUUAGAGUAUGAGAAAAGACUCAAAGCCAGCAAGGUGGAAAUCAACAGUCUUCAGCAGCUUCUCUUGAAUAAGAAUACAGAGAUUGAAAGCUUGCAUACUCAGCUGCUGACAAGAUCUCCUCUAGUCACUGCGAGCUCUGAGAGAGACCAGGAACUGCAAAGACUUAGAAGUGACAUUAAAUCCUUGGAAGAUGCUAAUGAUGAAAAGGACCGGCGCAUUGAAGAACUCACUCUGCUCUUAAACCAGUGCAAGCAAUUCAGAGAUCAGACACACAACGCAAGGCAAGCACCACCUGGUGGCCGUUCCCUGUUGAACGGUAGUACAAAUUCAAGUAGCAGUGAGGAAGAGGAGCGAAACCCGAUGAAGAAUGCUGAUUCUGCCAGUGCAAAAUCCGUGGAUCUAAAGUCUGAUGUUUCCACCAAUAGUGCGUCCUCUCAUCAAACAUCAAUUUUGUCUCAGAAGGACAGUGAUUGCAGGCCAGAGACGCAGACAUCAUCCAGUAGCAUGACUGACUUAACAAGUAGUCAGACACCAAAGAAGGACGCCAGGAGUCCGGUGCUGCCUGUCCGUUCGUCUCCCACAGAAUGCACCACUGAGCUCCAAAGUGAACGGUCUCCAGAUGACAGUGAAGAUGGAGACUCCAGCCAAACCAAAUUGGAGAACAUAAACAACUGCUCUGUGACACACAGCCCACCAGGCCACAGAAAUGUGGGAUCACCAGAGUACAUGAAGACAAACCGGAGCCUCAAGAGACUUUGGGGAAAACUUCGAAGAACCAAUUCUGGAGGAGUCACUACAGGUGAUCCAGACACUGGUCCUUUUAGAAGAGGGGGUUUCCGUGCAACGGCUGGACCCAGACUAACACGCACCCCAGAAUCACCGGAAUCUGCACGUGACAUGAAUCUCCCAUUUAGCCAAUGGACCAAAGAGCAAGUGUGUGGCUGGUUGGAGGACUACGGCCUUGGCCACUAUGUAAGCCUGGCCAGGCAGUGGGUCGAAUGUGGCCAGACACUACUUUCUGCCACACCUCAAGAUCUUGAAAAGGAGAUGGGUAUGAAGCACCCUAUGCACAGGAAGAAGUUGCAGUUGGCAUUGAAGGCGUUCUCUAGUAAAAUCACAGAGAAGUCAUCUGAGCUGGACCACAUCUGGGUCACCCGGUGGCUGGAUGACAUUGGUCUGCCUCAGUAUAAAGAUCAGUUCCAUGAAGCUCGUGUGGAUGGCCGCAUGAUACAGUACCUCACAGUGAAUGACCUCUUGAGCUUAAAGGUGACCAGUCAACUUCAUCAUCUCAGUAUUAAAUGUGCCAUCCACGUCCUCCAUGCUAACAAGUUCAACCCCCACUGCCUACGACGCAGGCCGGGGGAAGAGAAACAGCCAUCUCCUUCAGAGGUAGUGCAGUGGUCAAACCACCGUGUGAUGGAGUGGCUUCGAGCAGUUGAUCUUGCAGAGUAUGCACCUAAUCUGCGAGGCAGUGGUGUCCAUGGUGGCCUAAUUAUCCUGGAGCCUCGCUUCAGCUCAGAGACUUUGGCCUUGCUGCUAAAUAUUCCCCCACAGAAAACAUUACUCCGUCGCCACCUGGCCACAGCCUUCUCUACACUGGUGGGGAGUCAGGCCACGCAGGAAAAGAGAGAGUACGGGAAUGCUACAGGCCAUAUACCACUCACGACCACAUCUAAAGUCAAGCCAAAGAAACUAGGCUUCACGCAGUUUAGUCACCUCAGAAAGAGGAAACCUGAUGAAUCUGCAGACUACAUUUGCCCCAUCGAGGGUGGAUUACUGACUGUGAAUGGGAUUUCAAGGGUGACCUCCGCUACACUUAGGGGUAUCAGCCCCACCUUGGACAGACAGCCAAAGAAGCAGGAGCACGGCGAGGGCAAUCAAUGGCAGACUAACAUAAACAACUGCUAA